CCUUCCCUCGGGGAAGGAACCAAGUUUGCCUUAGCCCUGCGGAAUGUUGGGAAAUAUAGGAGAGUGCGAAGCGCGUUCCGGUACCCAAAGUAGUCUUCUCUCGGCCUCUAGAGAGCGCCUGUAUACUGCGAAGCCUAGAAGCGGAAUGGCGCGGUGUAUGACGGUAGUUGAAGUCAUUAGUUGCGUAGUUCCCGCUUUUUCCUUAUGCGGGACAUUGACGGAUAAUGCCGUCAGCAUUCAUCAUACACUUUAGUGGGGGUGGGAUGUGUACUGCAAGGCGCCACACGCGGUAUUCUGAUCCCGCCUUUGCCGGAAGUAUCUCUAUAGUAACGGCGGGCGGUUCGGGUAGGGCUGGAGGGGCCCAAGCCACCGCCCGCCCCGGAGCCGCAAAAUUUCUGACAUCACUGGACAAUUACUGAUUCCCACACCAGCAUUUGCUCUGCUGUUGCUUACUGAGCAUCUGGAUGAGCCAGUAAUCCAUAAGAAGUAAGCAGUGUUGCUGUUUGCAGCCGCCCAUAUGGAAAUCACUUUUCAGUGGAAAAAGGCUGAGGAUCUCACCUUAAAAUGAUGUAUGCUCUGAAGCCCCAUCUUCACAUCCACUAGCAUCUCUUUAAAGAGAUUGCCUGAUAAGUACUCUAGCACAAAAGGUAAAAGGGACGUUCUCCAUAUUGAGGGAAGCCUAGUUGCUAAUCUCCUACUAGUUAGGCUGCUAGUUAGGUUGCUGGAUAAAAUAGAUGGGUGUUGUGCUUUGCUUGUGCCUCCUGAUGCCUCUCUUGGCACAUUGUACAAGGGGCUGUCUGACAGAAAGCAAGACUGAAUUCUUUGGGCAUUGCCUCUGAGUCAGCAGGCAUCUGCUGUGAAGAAACAGCCAGUCCUCCAACAGUAACCAUGCAAUUAAAUUGUCAGACUUUCUUUGUCUGCAUGGGAGAACUGAUUCCUGAGGUUGUUAUCUGUGCUAUGCAAUUGGAAGGGCAAGGGAGCAGUAAUCCAUUUAACCCCAACACAUCACAAUAUGUGUUGGCAAACUCCCCCAGCCCAAGGUCUGAAGGUUUUCAGAAAGGAAAUAAUUGAUUUCCAGCAUGGAAUUUAGUGCAGGUUUGAUACUCCUCUGAAUAUCAAAAUGCCACUUGGCUACUUAUCAGAACCUCAGGUCUUCUUAUGCAACAUGUAGCAUGAUUUUAUGGACAUGCCUGUUUUUCAAAACUAUGCAUGUUCUUUUCUUACACCUCCUUGCUGUGGAUUCUGGUGAGACUGGGUUGGAGGACAAAACUGCGCUCAGCCUCUUAUACAUGAACCAAACUCUGUGACCCUUGGGACUGCCACUCCAAAGCUCUACCACAACAGCCCCAGAAGGAAUUGUUGCCUGGCUGGGUAACCAAGUGAAGAACCUGUUGUGUUGGAGUCCAAAAGCUGAAGCUAGGCUUGUCAUAGUAAAGAUGCCGCUCUGACUCCUGUUCACCAGCUGUGCUCAUUGAGGGUGUGGGAUGGCUGUACAUGGCAUCAGCAGGGCCAGAAGCCUAUAGCCUAGGCCUCAAGAGGGGAAACCAAUUCCAGGUGGGCAUUGCACCAGGGCUGACAGUGCCAUCACUGACAGUGCCUCCACUGACAGCAAAGCUUCAUGAGAGUAAGCCCUGGUACCUUGCUAAGCAGCAGGUGAAGCCUAUUUGGCAGCUAGAACAGAAUCAUGUGACCACUUUGCAGGACUACCACCUGGUUCACUCAGGCAUCUUUUCCCAGCGUCCCUGCCUCUUGUACCCAGAGUCCUUAUGUAGUGAGGCAGUGCUCCUAAGCUCACCUCCACCUCAGCCUCACUCUCUCCCAAACUUCCUUGGAAGCACCUUUCUCUAUCGACGUUCUUACUUCAGACACAAGCCUUACCGGAGGCUUGAGUCCAUCUGCUUGCAGCCUAGUACUUUGGAGAAGAAACCUCUUCGUGUCCCGCUCCCUGCCUAUUGCUCUGUUCUCAACACCACCAUGACAUCUUCAACCAUGGAUCCUUUCUUUCUGCCAAGCACUGCUGGCGACCGUUCCAGUCCAGCAUCAAAGGGGUUUCCCCUAAGCUCAGGGAAGCAGAGCUCCAGUUCAUACAGGCCAGUGCUAAACAAUAACUCUUUCCUUCGGCCAACUAGUGCUAAAGUGCCUUUGCAGCAGCAGCACCACCAACCACUGCCACCAGAAAAUAAGAAGCUCAACGGCUUAUUGAGGCCUCCAGGCUUCUCUUGGACCCACUCUGGGGGAAACGGAGAUGGCUGUCCUAUGAAUCUUGAAAGGAAGCUUGGGAAAAGCAGCGGCAUAACUUUUGAGCAAUCCAGUGCCAAAUCUCCUCGCUCACCCAUUCACAAUGGCAUGGUCUUCAAAGCAGAACGACCCUCCUGGCGACUUGAAGAUGGCGAGAACAGGUCACAAAACCUAAAAGAACAAGAUGUGCGGCUGACAGAAGCUAUGAGGAAGCUUACUGCAAAUGGUAUCCGGAAGGUUAGUACCUACAAUGAGUUUGGACACCGCAUUGACAGCUCUUGCCUUAUGAAUACGAACUUCCACUCCAGUCUCUUUAAUCGAUGGAAGCCACACAUCGUAGCACAGAUCACCCCAAAGGAAGUACCAGCUGCCACCUCCCUGAAUCUGGAGACUGGCAGCCGCCACCAAAACCUUGCAGUCACAGAAGUGUCCGACAUCUGCACUAAACGCAUUGAUGUUCAUUUCCUAGCCUCAAAUCCUGAACCUUCCACCCAUUGCAGCUCAAGUCAGACUAUCAACCCCCCCUCUGUGAACACCGGAGAACAAGUGGUAAAAACAGAGCUGUCCCCACGGACUAGUGUCUCUGACAUAGAGACAAAAUUUUCCUCUCUUCAGUUAGGCACGGAUACAAAAUGGGGGCACCCUAUUACUGUGAAAGAUACCGAAGCUGCAGUCAAUCUACCCCUGCUGGACCAAGCAGAGGUUGAAGAUGUGGAGGAAGAACUCCCUGAUGGUUUGGAAGAUGCCUGCAGUCAGGAUGAAGAGGGAGAAGAGGAGGAUGGGGAAGGUGAAUCAGACGGUUCAUCAUCAUCUGGCUUAUCCCCCAAUGGUUCUGUGGCUAUUAUAUCCAGGAAUUGCGUUGAGGGAUUGGUGCCUGCACUGGAGGGCCAAGAACGAAUUCUCAAGCCAGCUCUUAUAUGCAGCCUCUUCCCCAAUGUAUCUCCCACCUUAUACUUUGGUACUAGGGAUGAGAGAGUGGAGAAGCUCCCUUGGGAACAGAGGAAGAUGCUGCGAUGGAAGAUGAGUACGGUGACUCCCAACAUUGUAAAGCAAACUAUCGCCAGGUCCCACUUCAAAGUCAGCAGGAGAAACAAUGACUGGCUGGGCUGCUGGGGCCAUCACAUGAAAUCUCCUGGGUUCAGAGUUAUCAGAGAACAUCAGAAGCUGAAUCACUUUCCUGGCUCGUUCCAAAUUGGUCGGAAGGACCGUCUGUGGAGAAAUGUGUCCAAAAUGCAGCUGCGCUUUGGGAAGAAAGAGUUCAACUUUCUGCCUCAGUCCUUCAUCCUUCCUCAAGAUAUCAAACUACUCAGGAAGGCUUGGGAAGAUUGUGGGAGCCGACAGAAAUGGAUUGUGAAGCCGCCAGCAUCCGCUAGGGGCAUCGGCAUCCAGGUCAUCCAUAAGUGGAGCCAGCUGCCCAAGCGUAGGCCAUUACUGGUGCAAAGGUACAUACAUAAACCUUACUUGAUUGGUGGAAGCAAGUUUGACUUGAGGAUUUAUGUUUACGUCACAUGCUAUGAUCCACUUCGGGUCUACUUGUUCAAAGAUGGACUUGUUCGUUUUGCCAGUUGCAAAUAUUCCUCCUCCAUGAAGAGCCUCAACAAUAAGUACAUGCACUUGACUAAUUACAGUAUCAACAAGAAGAAUAUUGAAUACAAGGCCAAUGCAGAUGAAACUGCUUGCCAGGGUCACAAGUGGGCACUGAAGGCACUCUGGAGCUAUUUGACCCAGAAAGGAGUUGACAGUGAGGCCAUCUGGGAGAAGAUAAAAGACAUUGUUGUCAAAACCAUCAUCGCGUCAGAGCCUUACAUAAUCAACCUUGUGAAGAUGUAUGUGAGACGCCCCUACUGCUGCCAUGAGCUGUUUGGAUUUGAUGUCAUGCUGGAUGAGAACCUUAAGCCAUGGAUUCUGGAAGUCAAUAUAUCCCCCAGCCUCCAUUCAAACUCCCCUCUGGAUGUGAGCAUCAAGGGCCAAAUGGUCCGGGAUGCCCUUAACUUGGCUGGUUUUCUGUUGCCAAGUGCAGAAGAUGUGGCUUCACCGUCUGGAAGUGGCUGCAGCUCCACAACCAGCUUGAAUAGUGUCACAAAGGAGAAGAACAAGCCAUCCCUGGAGCUGUUCACUGUUGAGAAAACAAAAAGAGCUUUUUACCUCACCCCAAAAGUGCCUGAUCAGGAAUUCUACUCCACCAUCCUAGAUGUCCUGACACCAGAUGAUGUGCGUGUCCUGGUGGAGACAGAGGAUGAGUUUGCUCGACGCGGGCAGUUUGAGCGAGUCUUCCCCUCGCGCAUUUCCAUGCGCUACCUGCGCUUCUUUGAGCAGCCACGAUACUUCAACAUUCUUACUACCCAGUGGGAGCUGAAAUAUUUCUUGAAUAAGGCCAAAGGGGUAGACCUGCUCAGAAGUUGGUGUCACAAAGGCUAUCACAAUGGAGUAGUGACAGAUUCCACAGUGAUGUGGUCAAUGCCAAGAGCCCAUCUCUUUUUGAAGAACGAACUCCACAUGAAUGGCUUGAGCAAGAUGGAGUCAGGCAGAACCAGCAAAGUCAUUGUCCAGCGAGAUGGAGAGGAGCCAAUCCGAAGCUCUGAGCCAAACUCUUGCACUCAAAGCUUACCUCAGAUUAAAUACACAGCUGGAACUCUCAAGAAACCCACAAUCCCUCGGGCCCUCAGCAACUCAAGCCUGGUAAAAUGAUGAGGGACUGAGUGAGUGGCCAACUCCCCCUCCCUUGCGGUGUCAGGAAGGGGCGCAUGUGACCUACCUCAGCGGAAGCUAGGAGAGCCAGCAUUGGAAGCAUGGGGAGGACCUUUUGUCGAGCACGCCCGCACAGAACUAUUUUUUGGAAAGGGAAUUGGAACAAAGAGGAGAUGUUAACUUGGUCAGUAGGGACAAAUAUUCUGUUUAUAGUUUUUUUAAACGACAAAGGAAGUUUCUAAACACAGAAGCUUGGAAAACGUGUUUAACUCUUAGUGUGAAUUCCUUAUACUUUAUUGAACUUGCCAUGUCCCUCACCACUUGACCCUUAAGUGCCUCUCACUGUUAAGUGCCAACAUGUUAGGUUAGGCUGGACACUGCCAACCUCGAUAUCAAUUUGUGAAAUGUGCUGCUACUAUGAGGCAAGAUUUUGCAUGUUUGCAGUCGACGUAAAGACCCAUGCAUUCACAACUAGGCAGAACAUUCCCUGUUAGCCAAAUAGGUCGGAAAAUGAACUUUAACCCCAGUAAAUUAGGCAUUUUUUUAUAAACUCCCUGGUGCAUAACCUUAAGGGAAACCGUGCAGGGGGCAGUGGGUGUCUUUAACUUGAUGUUCUUAUUUUCUGUGUGCACACGUUUCCUUAGUUCAUGGGUACAGCUUUCCUGAUAGGCUUUAGUCAUUGAAGGUAUUUUCAGCUUGCUUGUUACUCUGUGAAGAAGCAGGUUUUGCAGUGUGCUGGUCCAAAGCACCACAGUGUAGCAUAAACACUGGUGAUGGUUUCUUAAGCCAGGAGGCGUAUCUCCUUUUUAGUUUUACCUUUGUGCUGGAACAUAGAAAUAGGUGUGCUAAGGUGAGAGCUUCUUUCUUGCUCCUCCAAGGUUUAAGUCCAGGUGGUUAUCUUUGUUAACCCCCUAGCACACCCUAGAACACACACUUCCAAUUUCAUUCUCCCCUAAAGAAGACUUCGUUAAAAUUUCAUCCCUGGUGGUGCUUGGGUGUAUAUUUUUUGCUUUUAAAUACUGCAGUCUCACUCAGCGCUAUUUCUGAUCAGUUGGUCAGUGCCUUCUUCCCCUUGCUGCUGGAGAAUUCUGCCUCUUCUGCAUUUGUUAUAAUUUGGCAUACUUUCUUUACUCCCAGUCUGAAUCUGGUACGGGAUGCUAGCUUUGUGUACACUCUCCAGUUGUGUGCAUAAGUCUGGAAUGUGUUGGUGAGCUUGCAUUUUCUGUCAGGAAGGGCUGCUUGCUGUCCUGAUGCUUGGGCAGUGAAAGAUUUGUAUGAUGAUAUACUUGACAUUUGAGACCUUGGAUGCUUAAAAGCAUUUCCCAUCCAUGCUCAGACACUACUUGUAAGAAGCUGCUAAAUUCUGAGCCUUGAUGGUGAACUCAGUAACUCUGGCUUCAAGAGUUUUCUGUUAACUGAAGGAGUCCUUUUGCCCCCUCCCCUUGUCAGAAGUUGUGGAUAGCUUGGUAUGCUCCUCAAUGAGAUGUGCAAGUUCCCUGAUGCAUUACUACAAAGUCUUCCAUUGUUGUUUCCAGGUAGCAGUAAUGAUACUCCAAAUGCCUGCAAGUAUCUCUCACUAUGGUGAGACAUGUUUAGAUUGUGAGUCAUCAUAAAAAUGGCUGCGAAAAGAGGAAGGCAUGGCUCCUACAGCGCUGUUCUCAAAAUAGAUUGCUUCUCCAUUGGUCAGAACAGUAAAUCACAGUCCUGAGGAUCUUCUGGAUACAAUUGGUUUCCCCACGAUACCGAUGCAGGGCACACUUUUUUGUUUAAAAAGUGGUUCAAAUCACUGCACAAGGGAGUGAAAUCCUCUGACCGCAUCACACCAAAGCAACAGAACACUGAUUUUUACUACAUCUAUCAUUUGUCAGUGCCAAGUUCCCUUAGUGACUGAGCUCUUAGGAACAGAAAAGUUAGGAAAUGUGUAGAGUUGGAAGCCAGGCACACUGGGGGGUGUUGUGAUUUCCCCUGGCAAGCAGUAGAAGAAGAAGCUCUCCUUGAAUCAUGCCAGGGAAUGAAUUGCCUGAAAUUAUUUAAGGGUCUGUCUUGUAGAGAGUGAUUUCUCUUGUGUUUCUGCCUUGCUUCAUUAUUAUAUUAGCACAGGUGUUCUCUUUAUCUUGACCAGUAAGGCCUUUAUGGCAUGAUCCUCUGGAUUAAAGCUUCUUUUCCCCUUUGGCUUUUUAUUUACACCCCCUUCAGGUCAUCAUAACUUUUCUCCAGCUUGCCUCUUCCCUUGGCCAACUUGGCUGUCACUGAAGUUGGGGAGAUAGAAGUGGAGGUGGCUUGCUUCUUAAAGUUUAUAUUUUUUUAAGUGUUCCUGGCUACUAACUUCAUCAGCUGGCAGCUACUAACUUUCUCUGUGGAGCUUUGUAAAUAGAGGAGAAGGGAGUGUUGUGCUAACCUCUAUUGUGAGACAAUUUUCUCUCCAAAAAGCUAACAGAAAACAAUCUGAUCUUUUAAGAGACCCAAGUGUAAAUUUGUGUGUUUUGUUUUAUGCACUCUCUGGGAGCCAAGCCUGGUAGCUGCUGAGAUUCUGAUAAGGUUGUAAAUUAACCAAAGGAGAGCAAAUCCAAUCUCUGUUAAUGGAAUAAAACAAUGGUUGGGAAGAGUUGCUUCCUGCUGAUAAUAUCCACAACAUGUAUGCAGUUUUAACUUGGUUAAAACAUCUUUUACUGGUUUGCCUGGUACACGAAAAGGAAGGCUGACUUUUGAAACGUCUUUUAGGAACCAACCUGUGUGUCGUAGCCCUGCAACAGGGUUUAUUUUACUCUCACCUACUGAAAACCGAGUGUCAUGUCCCCUUUUUUGGGCUCUGUAGAGGGUUGGAGCCUAAUGUGUUUCUCUCAAAUCCCAUAGCAACGAUCUCCUGUGAACUAGCCUGACUCCUCAGAUUGUAUCAAAUGACCUAAAAGAGCUAACUGUAGAAGUGUGAAAGUGGAGAGGCCUGUUCGGGUGUCUGAAAGAAUUUCCCCAGCUGGCAGUCUCCCUGAGCUGCCUUAUAGUCUUGCUGCUGCCACCACCCAUCCUUCCUCAUACUCAAAUAAUUACUAGCAAACAGGUGUUCAGCCCUCCUCCAACAUGGUCUGCAGUGCUAUCACCAUUUCUUGGUAUUAACAGCCAUUGCUGGUUCUCUCUACUUCUUCUCCCGACCCCGUAAAGUGUUUGUGUACUACCUUAGGUGGUUACUACUCUGCACAAUAUUUCAUAGAUCUCUCAAUAUAAAUUGGUGGAACCCAAGAGAUCUAGGGAACAGGUGGUAAAUUUCUGGACAGAUAUCUCCCUCCAGCUCAGUGGUUAGAGUACAUGCUUUGCAUGCACUCCCUGAUUCAGUCCAUGGCAACCCUAAGUAAGGUGGGAAAGACUCAUGCUUAAAACCUUAGAGAACGUCUUCUGGUCACUUGUAAACAAUGCUUUGGUCAAUGGACCAAUGGUCUGACUUGGUAUAAGGUGUUGUAAUGAUCAUGAUUCCUGGUCAUCCUAGUGGCUUUGUAUCCCCCAAAGACUGUUGCAAUAAAUAGACGCCUCAGUGGUUGGUUUUAUCUUGCUAAGGUAGAUCCAAGCAGUGUGCUGGAAUUUGAUAUUGCAAGGAACAAAGAAUUGUGUUGUGGCUUGUGGGGAGCCACCUCCUUCAAAGAGGCUUAUGCAUUUUGCAGAAUGCUAUAAAUGUUACCCAAGUAUUUCAGGAAUGGAACAAAACUGCUCUUGGAUAUAGGACCAGCCAUUCCAGCACCUUCCACAUUUCAGGAUUUGAAGCCUGUGUAGCUGCCGUCUCGUUUAAUACAGUUGAGUUCAGAACUGUGUCUUCAGAAGGACCUCUUUGUUCCCUUCUGCUCAAGUUGAAAUGACAAUGGUCACUUUAUUGCUAUACUGAAUGCAGUGGUGGUGGUUUGGGUCGUCUGAAAUGUCCACAGAUGGAUAAAUGUUCAUUCUGAAAUGGUGUCAAGAGUCUAGUUUAACUCGCACUUUGCUAAAUUGAGGAUUUUUAAAAAUAAAGGUUGCAUGUGCAAGUAUGUGGUCAUGACUGCUGUGAUAAAGCUUGCUGUUAUUAGGUAGCAAUAAAUAUCAAGUUGGGUGCUUUGGGGUGCUCUUGGCAUUUUGAGUCCAGAUGAACCCUGUUCCUCCCCCAAGCUGCCAGUAAGCACGCUUGCACUUGCCCCCUCUUAUCUAAGAAAUACAAGCAAGUUUCCCCCAGGCCAUUACCUGUCUGGUUUUUAGUCCCUGGAGGGGCCACAUGAGUGCCUACUCUCAUCACAGAGUUCUUUGCAGAGAGGAACUGGAGAACACCAACCAACAUCUGUAAAGUGUCCAACUCAGUUUCUCAUUCAAUGUCCAAUUAUAGUGAAUCAAAUGAGUAGAUUGAAGGGUUUUUUUAAAAAAGGUAUCUGUAGCCCAGUUCGCACGUAACACUAAGCUAAAGCAUGACUUUGCAGAAACAAGUGGGUUCCUGGAGAAAAGAUUGUGGCCGCUUUGUUCCUGCUUUGCUCUUGCUGCUUUGAGCUAAGCUAUGAUUUAGCUUGGCGUUACAUCCAAAUUGUUAUGGAAAUAUGCAGAAUAACUCAGCGUCUGAGCUUGGAGUAGGCCAGUGUGUGUAUUUGCCUAAGAAGCAGGCGUUUACUCUGCAUUUAGAUCACUGAGACUUAAGACUUAGUAAAAUAAGAAAAAGCUACUUUAUUUAUAGAAAUAUAGUAGAUAGGAAAGGCAUACGUAGUUCUAACUAAAUUGGAGGCGCAAUGCCCAGAUUUGGGUAUUGCCCUCAUGGCUCAGGAGAGAGAACAAAGACCGAGAUGUCUCCUCUCUCCUUGCACAGUUGAAGAAGAUGACAAACGAAGGAGAGGCAGAUAAGCUUCCCUGAGCAUAUCAGUCUACAACAGAAGGAAAUUAGGUAGAGAAAAGUACAGGUAAAGGUAGGCAAACCUAGCCAGCUGGAGGACCCUGUCUUCCUUCUGGAAUACAAACAAAAGAACCCAAACAGGAGUUGCUAUCACCCCACUUCCAACACCCCUUCUCAACAAGUGUUUGGUUCAUCUUGUCUUGGAACUUGCAGUAUCUGACUUUGGGUAAGGCUUCAAUCUCUUUCCAGGUCUCUGUCACUGGAAGUUCAUCUCUCACAAGGUAAGCAAGUCUUUCUGGUGGUACACCUUUGUUGGUGUGCACAGAGCAUCUAGGUGCUGAUGCCUCUUCUGGCUCAGAUUCUUCGCCUUCCUCUACUGGUGUAUUAUUGUGAUCUGUUGUGGAAUAGUGACUCAGUUUCUUCUUCCAUUUCUCUGUCAUCUAUUUGGUGUGGCGCCCCUUCUGGUUGGUGUGCACACUUUCGUUCAUCAAAGUGGAUAGCUCUGCAUGCUCCAAUUUUGGGAUCUAUGAUUCAGUAUCCUGUCUGAGUUGAAGAAUGUCCAUUGAAUAUUCCUUGCUUGGCAGUGUUGUCAAAUUUUGACCUCUUUUGUUUCAGGGUGCACAAAGGCCUUGCACCUGAAUACAGGAAGGUGUGACACACUUGGUGUGCAUGCAUGCCAUAACUCAAAAGGCUUCUUGUCGGUUGCAGCUGCCAGAAGUUGGUCCCGCAGAUAGGUGGCAGUAAACGCUGCUUCCCCCCAGUACUUCUGUGGUAAUUGUGCAUCUUCCAACAAGGAAUGAAUCAUCUGUCCAAGAGUCCAGUUCAUGCAUUCCGCAACCCCAUUUUGUUCUGGAGUAUAAACAGUAGUCUAGUGCUCUAUGCCUUUCUCAUGUAGAAAGUCUUGCAUAGCUCUGGACACAAAUUCUCCUGCAUUGUUGGAUCUUAUAAUUUGUGGCUUUCUGCCAAAUGGUUUGACUUAUAUCCUGCCCUUUCUCCCAGUAGGAACCAGGGCAGCAAACAAAAGCACUAAAAACACUUUAAAAUAUCAUAAAAACAGACUUCAAUAUAUAGAUUGAUUCUGGCUAAGAUGACAUGUCCCAUUCUUCGAUGCCAAACAUGUAAACAUUCAGAAUCAGUUUUCUUUGGCUGUAUUUGCAUGCAUAGUUUCAAAAUAUUCCAAAUGCAAAAGUCCAUUUUCAAUUUUGCAGUACAACACUUCUCCUUGAUCUAAAACUCAACAAAUUUUGUCACAUAAAUAAAGUUCACCUCCAAGCUCUGCUAUUAUUGUGGCACAUUAAAUUAUCUUUAAAAGUUGGAACAAAUAGGCAAUUUUUCAGUUCAAGCUCUCUGGCGCCUUCUGGCAUUUUGCAAUGUACCUCCACAGUGCCUAUUCUUUGAGAAGAGAAACAUCUCCUGAUGCUGUAAUCACAUUCUGCAUAUGGGGGCUAAAGUUCUUAAACAGAUUUUUAUUAUUUAUUAAAUGUGCUGUCUCUCGAGUAUCAAUUAAAAAUCUGGUUUUAUAAUCAUUCUUCCCAUCAGAUACAUGGUGAGUGGAAUGCUUCACUUUAGUUUGGCUAUUGGUUUUCCUUUCAGCUUGCUUCUGUUUAAACACAACUUUUUCUCCUCAGCUCGCUUCUAGUGCAAUCUCUUUGAAGGUGAUUAGGAGAUUUGCAUUUGAAACCAUUCUUUCUUUAUCUCUGCCCUGCUGUUCGGGGCAUGACUCAUCUCUCUAUCCUGCCUUUGUUUGCUGUUUCUGCCCACAGUAAAAUUUGCUUUUUCACACAGAACUUGUCUUUCUUUAUAGUCCUGAUUUUUAAAAUAUACCAUAAUCUGAUCCAAGUUCUGAUCUGUCUGUUGUAAUAUGCAAGCUGUGAUACGAUAAUGUUCAUUUAGAUAGGCCAGUAGUAUAGCUUUCUGCAAAUCCUCAUCUAAAGAUUUUCCACAACUUUCUAAUUCUCGGAGCAGACUUGUAAAUCUCUCCAGAUGUUGAUUGAGAUCUGUUAGAUUGUCUCAGCAUGUACAGCGGCUUAUAAAGAAACAUCACAUGAUUUUUAAAUUUUCUCCGAUACACUUUCUCAAGCUUUUCCCGUAUCUCCUUAGCAUUUUUACAGCCCAUGCAAACAUUUAGUGCCUCAUCUGAUAAAGCAGAAAUUGAAUUUUGGUAUGCUUGCGCUUUCAGGAUGCAGUGGCUGCUUGUUUCACUGCUGAGGGUUCAGGAUCAGUCAGGACUCCAUACAGAUCCUCCCCUUCCAAAAGUGCCAUCAUUCGAAGAUUCCAAGUAGCAUAAUUGUCUUUCUCCAGCCUUGGGAUGCUUGUCUUGUGUUGAUUCUUCAGCCAUGGUUUCCUAUCUUUUGUUCUGCUUUUCUUUCUCUAACCUAAAGUCUCCUUUUGAUCUCUUUUGUAAAUCACACACAGUACUUAGCUGGCAUAACCCUUUGUUAUGGAAAUAUGCAGAGUAACUCAGCAUCUGAGCUUGGAGUGUGCCAGUAUGUGUAUUUACAUAAGAAGCAGACUUUUACCCUGCAUUUAAAUCACUGAGACUUAAGACUUAGUAAAAUAAAAAAGCUACUUUAUUUAUAGAAAUACAUAGUAGAUAGGAAAGGCAUACCUAGUU